AUAAUAGAGGUUUCAUGACAUCUAAUGGACAACCGGAUAACUCGAGAGCAUCCAGAUACAUUCUUAAAGACUACAUGAAUGGAAAACUCUUGUACUGUCACGCACCUAAAGGUGUAGACCAAAGUACUUAUCAUACUUGGCCUGAAAGGCAGAAAAUAGUUUCAGAAAGUAAAGUUCUACCACCCAGAGCUGUACUUGCCAUCAAGCCUUGCUACGACACAGUUGAGGAUAUAGACAAAGUGUUUUUCAAUCCCGCUAAAAAGGCAGUUCACGCCAAAGGCCUUCCUGGGAAAGCAAUCAAUUUAACAAGUGAUCAGUCUUCUCAUUCAAGUACGAGCAGCGAAAUAGAAAAACCAUGGAAACAACACAAUAAACAUAAGAACAAAGGAAAAAAAGAGAAAUUGAGGAGGGUUUACGCUCAUCUGGACCAACACUGAUGCAUUUAGGGAGACAAGAGUAGGAGUGGUUGAACUGGUUAUCAAAGGGAAUUACUAUUGUUUUACCUUCGCGGUUUUGAAAGAAUUAACCUUGUAUAAAUGUGAUAUUUUUAAUACUGUUGUACUGAAAAUAAACAUUCGUUACGUA